AUGGGCUUCUUUGAUGACGUUGGCCACGCCUUCGAAAGCGCAGGAAAGACCAUUGCCGGCGCUGCCACGCACGCAGGUGACACCAUCAAAAAUACCGCCGAAUCUGCCGGAGGCGCCAUGGCUGGAGCUGCGACCACGGCUAGCACUGUCAUCAGUGACACGGCCAGAUCAGGUGCAGACACGGUUGCGCAAGGCGUUGUUGAUGGCACAGAGGCAGCCCUUGAAGCCAUGGACGCGGAACGAAAGAAGCAACGCGAGCGUAUGCAACAGGCUCAGCAGGAAUGGUCCAGAUUGGAUGACGAGGCCAACGAGGCUCUCAAGGCCGCACAGGUGCAGUCGCAGGCGCAAAUUGCCGCGGAGCUGAAUCCAAUCAAAGCUCAAGCAGACACUCUCCUUGUCCGGUUGACUGAAUACAUCAGUCAGAUUGAUGCAAUUCACACUCAACUGCAAACAAGGGUCGGCCAGGAAUACAACCAAGUUGUUCUCAAUCUCAAUACCGGACUCGAAGGCCUGACGCGGAUGGCCAUGAUCUUGCAGGUCAUUCUGUCGAAGAGAUUAGCAAAGCAAAAUUGGAACAAGCCGGCAAUAUGGAUCCCAGCGACUUCCUGCUCCAGGUCACCGAUGGAAGCCAAAGGGGUCUCCUGA